UCAGCGAAUGCGGACGUUGGAGAGCUCGUCCACUGACGUUUAGCAUCUCGUUCUUCGUCAGAGGAAUUAGGCUACUGCCGCAUGGAGCGCAGACUCUUGCCGCCGUGGAUACCAGCAUAGCCAGCCAGUAGAAGGCAGUCCUGAUCUUCAGAGGCGGAAUCGUAACCGUGCUGAGUAUGGGGCAAUCAAUAUACAGCGAGAGCAGACGGUAGACGUCACGAUGAUUCCUGGUCAAGGUCACAAUGUUACCGUUUUCGCCGCUGACCAUGAUGACGUCCAAGGCCAACGUUCUCCUCCUUCGCGAACCUAUGCCGUCCUCCGACAGUGGACAGGACCGGUAUGAAGCCAUCUUGACUGCAGCAAACUACAUGCCUUUCUCGAUUCCAGUACUCGAGACCGUGCUCACGAAUAUCAAUGAACUCGCAUCAGUAACGGCGCAGGGCAAUUUCGAUGGAGUUGUCAUGACCAGCGCACGUUCAUGCGAGGCCUGGUACAAGGCGAAUGGUGCAGCCAAGAACGAAUGCCCGUUCUACGUUGUUGGGAAGGCUACAGCCUCGACACUGCGUUGUACUAUUCCCAACGCCGAUAUCCGUGGAGAAUGCUCAGGGACAGCAGAGCAACUCGCCAAUUUCAUUCUUGCAGAACGGCCUCGUCCAACGAAAUUACUGUGUCUCACUGGCGACAAGAAUCGUGACACGUUGUCUAGCAUCCUUGGCGCCGCAGGAGUGUCUCUGCAUUCUCUCAAGGUGUACGAGACCCAAGGCAGCUCGACAUUCUCUCAAUGUUUGAAGGAGAUCGUACCGGAGAGACCGGCGACGCCGUGGUGGAUCGUGUUCUUUGCACCGUCCGCGGCCGAAUUCGUUUUACCGUUUGUGAAGGAAGGAUUUGACCUGGAUUUAGUGAAGAUUGCUGUGAUUGGGCCAACCACUGGGACAUUCUUGCGCGAGACGGUGAAGCUUCGUGUGGACGCUGUCCCUACUAAACCGUCGCCAGAGGAGCUGGUGAGAGUGAUUGUGAGCGUAGAUGCGGCCUGUUGAUGGACUGAAUCAUGGUAUAUUGCAUGCUUCAGUAUGAAAGCAUGCGAAGCUACACGACAGGUGGGCGUCAAUUCAUCAGAGAGGUGACACGCUCAUACAUUGUAUAGAAAUAAUUCGUCAUAUUUUUUCUGCUGUUGCGUGCGGACGAUGAGUGACCUUGAUGUGCAAUCUUUUGGGCUCAUUUUUUUACUCA